GCGCAGGCAACAAGCAAAAAAAACCACCACUGGUUGUGUCUGAGGUGCGGUUUUCGACCUUGGAAAACACUACAGCAAAAACAAAUUUUCACAACCUGGAAAGAGAUCUUCGGUCCCGUACAGACCCAACAUGCUUAGAACAAAGAAAGAUUGCGCCAUGCCUUCUCAUUAUCAUCCGCCAAAUCGUCUCUCCAGUAAGUGGAGUCGGAGCUGGCAGACGGGCGUUACUACGAUCCAGCGGAGCCACUUCCUCGUAACUUGCGGAUUGAAGCCAUCGUCGAGAAUUUGACUGCCCUGGCUCUUGGCCAUGGAAUAAUCACCUACCCACCCAACAACAUCCCAGCGCUGUAGUAAGGCAGUCAUCAAAGACCCCUAGAAGUCUAGGAGAUGGCUAAGCUAUAUAGCAACAGAGAAACCAACUUCUGGUUUUCUCAAACAUCCGAAUUACACAACACCAUAUCCAUUUCGUUCACUCUGUUGCGACUUCCAACUGAUCGAUCGUCUCGCAAUAUUUCCUUUUUCCAUCACGCUUCCACUGUGACUUGGCAUUCCUUUGCCUAUCGCUUAUUCUUUUUCUUGACUGUUUUCUUUUGUCCUGCAAUACCCCUACACAACCGCCACCAUGCACGCCACGCUCGCCGUGGCGCUCCUACCCCUGCUCGUCGCCGCCCUGCCCACCGGACAGGGUCCUUAUGGCGCAGGCGCCGGCCCGGGUAACGGCGUCGCACUCAACCGCCCUUCCGCGAUCCCCCCUCCUCCCCAGGUCCUCCCCGACGUGGAAUUUGGGCCCGGAGAUGAAGACUUUGAUGAUGACAUGGCCGAUGGGGACCUCGACGGCUAUGUGCCCGCUCAGGCUCCAGCCCCUUUUUCCCAGUACGACUACGACGAGCUGGAAGAUUACGAUGAAGCAGAGCUGGCCGACUACUGGCAAGAAAGUGCAGACGCAUUCAGGCGUCUCGCCCGUCGCCAGCUGGGUGGCGUGCCUGGGGAUAUGAUGGAGGACGAGUACCUCGAUGACGGAUUCGACCAAGGACUUGACGACGAGAUGCUUGGUCCCGCUGCCGGCGCACCGGGAGCAGGGAUGGCACCAGGGAUGGGAGCAGGGGCUGGCGCAGGAAUGGCAUCAAGCACGGCACCGGACAUGGGCGCUGGUGCUGGAGCAGGAAUGGCACCGGGUAUGGGCCCGGGUAUGGGAGCGGGCGCUGGAGCUGGCAUGCUGGACGAGGAUCCCGAUAUGCUCGGGGGCGACCCUGAUAUGCUAGGCGGAGACCCUGACAUGAUGGACCAGUACGACGACCCGCUUGGCCCCGACCCCCUGGCCCCCGGUCCCGGUGCACCCCCGACGACUCCUCCCGUCACCCAGACCCCUCCGCCGACCCAGACUCCUCCACCGACGCAGCCCCCGCCGCCCCAGACGGGCGCGCCGGUGACCGGCGAGAAGCAGAGCAUCGGAGACAAGAUCAUAGGAUUCGGCGGUAAAUUGGUCCAAAAGGUCGGCGGACUUCUUGGUUUCUAAGCUACAUUUCUUUUGUUUCUUUUAAUGUUUAGCAUAGUGUUGGAUACUUGUUGGUUAACUGCAUGGGUCAAGCGGCGCGAGCAUUGGGUAUACCUCGAAAGCGUGUUUCUGUGUUUUAUUAAGUAGGGUCGUAUCCCA